AAGUUUCGUGUUACGGUCGGACAAAAAUCGCCAAAACCGGUCUGUUUUGACAGUUCAAGCACGAAGAACCUACCCUUGGAAGCAGCCUUCAGAACACACAUCGUCAGGAAGUUGCACCCACCAAGGAAGUCAACAACACCGAGAGCAUUUUCCUGGGAAUACUAGCAUCGAUUCCUUUAGGACCACUAGGCUUAAGGCAAGAAAGAAACCAAUGGAAAUUUUCGCAGUUUUGGCAAUCUUCCAGCUCGCAGGCGCAGAACUAGCAACCCCUUACUUCCAUAAAAUUAAUCAAAAUCCAGGACUCCUUCCCCUAAAAAUUGGUAAUGCUCAAAACAUAGCUGACUAUUGGUCCUUUGUUGAAAUAUUAGACGUAAGUGACAUCAUUAAAGAAUUUAAGUCCCUUGAAAAUCAUUAUUUCCAAUUACAAUCUUCCAUAAAAAACACAUCCACUAAUUAUAAUCAUUUUCUAAACUCUUUUAAUUUGAUCGCGUCUCUAAAAAACAAAAUCAAUAUACAGAUAACACAAAUCAACCCUUUCUAUUCAUUUUCACGUACCAAGAGAGGUCUCAUUAACGGUUUAGGAUCUAUAGUCAAAUCCUUGACUGGAAACUUAGAUCAAAACGAUGCUGAAAGAUAUGACAACGCUAUUAAUACUAUAACAAAUAAUGAGAAUAAAGUUAAAACACUUCUCAAAGAGCAAAUUACUAUCAUAGAAAAAUCAUCAAUAAAUUUUAUAAAUAUUAGCAAGAAUUUAACAUACAACCAACAAAUUUUAGAAAAACACAUUAGGCAGAUAGACACGAUUAUUAAACAAAUUCAAAACAAUAACACCAUUUCUUAUGGUUACUUUACAAGCCAAAUAAUUUUAUCUCAAGUAAUCAAUGCUUUUCAAAACAUCUACGAUAUUCUAGAAAAUGUCGGUAUAGCCAUCACAUUUUCAAAAUUAAAUAUAUUUCAUCCUUCUAUAGUAAACCCUAAUGACCUUUUAAAUGAAAUCAUGUCUAUAACACCACACUUAACAUACAAUAAACUUCCUUUCACUGCCACAUUAGAAAAUUUAUUGCUUUUUGAAAAAAUUAUUGAAAUUAAAAGUUACAUAAAAGAAAACAAAAUCACAUUCAUCAUACAAGUACCUAUAGUCGAAAUAAAAAACUAUGUAUUGUAUCGUCUAUAUCCCCUCCCAGUUCCCUUUAAAAAUACUUUUCAAAUCAUCAUUUCACCUAACAAAUACCUCCUUUUAAAUGAAGUUAGCUAUAUUGCAUUUGACACAAAGUGCCAAGAGAUAACGCCACAACACUUUAUAUGCAAAGAAAGCAGCCCUAUGACCAUAGGAACUGAUCCUCCAUGCGAAGUAAACCUACUAUCGUAUGCAAAAAAAACCAUAAAUUGCCAAAUUGUCGAGACAAAAAUCAAUAACCUAAAAAUCCAAAAGUUAGAAGAAGAAAAAUGGAUGCUGAUAACACCUAACGAAACAAUCGCAAACCAACAAUGUGGAACUAACAAAGAAAACAUACCUUUAAAAGGAACCUAUGUAUUAGAAUUCCCGCCUAACUGUACCAUCCAAAUAGAAGGUCACCUCCUUAGGAACUACCACCUGAAACAACAAACAAAAUUCCAGAACAUUCAGCUGCCUAAACUCAUCUUUGAAGCCAAUCUGAAUCCUAAUUAUAUAGAAAUCCCGCCCUUUAAAAUGGAUAAACUAAACCUUGAGGACAUUGAAAAUAUACCCAGUAUUAUUGCCCAAGAAAAGGAACAACUGAAGGAAGCCCUACUGUUCAACGGACCUCUUCAUAUACAGCCCAUCAGCAUUUGGACCCUGUUAAUAUAUAUUAUUAUUCUCAGCUUCAUUGGGUACCAAGUCUACGCGAAAAACUUCAAGAUGGUGCCCAAACUUCUAGAAGAUGCCAACCGCUCUCCUUCACCCGAAGCCACAACCAGUCAGCCUCAAAUCGUCAUCUAAGUUCCUCUGCAUCCCCAGGCUCACCUCUACGAAGGGAGGAGUUACACGCUACCAAUCUGCCUAUUCAGCUAACCAAUUACCUAUUGAUUUACUUAUUUGAUUACUAAGCAAACCAACACUAUAAAUAUAUAUAUUGCCUUGCCAUUAAAAACUAAUUACAUUACUAUUAAGUUACUGUUCAUGU